GUGCAACAUACUCUCUCUGCUCUAAAGCAUAUCUCUACCUACAACUACUUUACUCAAUCAUUAAUCAUGUCUGAAUCAGCAUCAACAGUCAAGCCAGCCGCCACCAAGAAGGCCGCCGCCUCCGCCGCCACCGGUGAGAAGAAGGUCAUCAAGAAGAAGAACCCCAACGCCAAGUCUGUCUCGCGUUCGGGCCGUGCCUCUAUCAUCUUCCCAGUGUCCCGUAUCGAGCGUCUGCUCCGUGAGGGCCGUUACACUGCCCGUGUCGAAUCCACUGCCCCAGUCUACUUGGCCGCCGUCUUGGAGUACUUGGUGAUCGAAAUUCUCGAGCUUGCCUUCAACACCUGCGAGCAGGGUGGCAAGACCCGUAUCACUCCACAGCACAUCAACCACGCUGUUGGAAACGAUGCCGAGCUGAACACCGUCUUCUCCAAGGUCAUCAUUGCCCAAGGUGGUGUCAUCCCAAGCACCACCCACUUCCCAACCAGCAAGAAGAAGAGCACCAAGUCAUCCUCC